AUGAGGCUAUCCAUAUCAUGUGAUGCCUGCCGGCGAGCAAAAGUCAAGUGUGUUCAUGAGGGAACACCUCCUUGUCGGCGAUGCCUGAAGGCCAAUACCAAGGACUGUGCUUUAACAGAUCCUCGGGAAUCAAGGACCACGAAAGGCAGCGGCGUAGUCAAAUCGGCGCCCUCGCGAAAGCGAAAAGCCACUGCCAAUUCAUCACCUGCACCUGAAAGUGAGCAUAGCAAUAUCCGAAGAAGGUCUCAAAAUGUCAAAGAUAUUCCCGAGGAUCCAAUAUCAUCUUUGUCUGCGUCGACCGUCAUCAGCGCGAUCGAGACUUAUCGGAAGAAAUUCCCCAUUGCGAACUUUUUGCAUUACCCUUCACUGAUCUCAGAUGUUUCGUCAAGCUUCGAGUCAGUUGAUUCUGUCUUCAUUGCAUCUCUUCUAUCGCUUUGCGUUCGCUUCAUGAGCAGCGAUGGAUUGGAAGACGAGGAGACCUAUGCGGGGUACGCGCAGAAACAUCUUCCACACCGGGUGAUGGAAGCCCCUUCACUUUAUCUCGCGCAGUCUUUGGUCAUGAUCUCCUUCUAUGAAUGGGGUACUGGCCGACCUUAUCAGGCUUGGAUGUAUAGCGGAAUGGCCACAUAUAUGAUCCAGUCACUUCUCAAAAUGGCAGACGACAGUAUGGAACACAGUCCACACGAAUUCCAUGCAUCCCAAACACAGUACGAGCAGCUCGUUCGUACUUAUUGGUGCUGCUUUGCGCAAGACUGUGAGCUGAGCUCAGGUGCUCGGCAACAUUUCGCACUGUCGUUCUCUCAAAUAUCAGUCCCACUUCCUAUCAGUGACCGAGAUUUCACGUUCAACCAAUUGCCUGACAGGAGGUUGAUGCCAGUCGACAUGAAUAAGAAGUGCCCUCAGGCAAAUAAUCUGACAAUUGAAAACGGCCUGACGAUAGUCAUCCGGGGAUUCGAUAUCUUUGUCCGGAUUCUUAGAUUUGCCAACGAACACCGGCGCUCACUUGCUUCUUUUAGUUCGGACGAAUCGCCCACUUCUGCCCUUCAUAAAACGUGGCAUCGGCUCAAGGCAGAAUUAGACGAGUGGCGGUCACUUCAGGACAGGACUGUCAAAUAUCCUGAUACUAGUGCGCAGGCUCAUGUUGCUCUAGGGUAUGGAGAGCUUUUUGCAUACAUUAAUCUGCUCUAUUUUAUGAGCAUUGUUUUUCUUCACCGUGAUCGCUUCUUAUCGAAUCUCAAGCCCCACUCUGACGUUUUUCACGACAUGACCGACGAUGAUCAAUAUCAGCCUGACACAAUUCAACAGCUCUUUGAGGCUGCGCAACAUAUUAGCAGUAUUUUAUCGGCACUGGAAGCCUCCGAGGCCUCUGUGAUGACCCCAUACUCAGGAUUCAGCGUCUUCGUUGCUGCGCACAUCAACAUGUACGGAACCCUCGUACCACAGCGAUAUCCAGGAGGGCUCGAUAGAGCAGAGGACGAGAAAACACAAAACAUGAUGUAUCUCGAACGAUUGAGUACAUUGUGGCCGGUUGGCAGAAGCUGGUGGCGAACUGUACAAGAUGCGAACCGAUUCUACGAAACAGUGAAGAGCACCCAAACACACCCAGAAUCGGUUAUGCACAGUCCAAGACGGUUUGCAUUGGCAGGAACUUUGGAUGAAUAUGGUGACAUCCGAUCGCGUCCAAAUCGCGAGCUAGAUACAACGAGAGCAAUGACUGCCGAAGCUCGAGAAUUACAAAACACGCAUCAGGAACAAGGGCGCACAAGUUCAUCCCCUGGCCACGAAGGCGAUGUCGCUUUCUUUUCCAAAGAACAAAGUGCCACCGGAAGUCAUCCUGAUCUUGAAACAGACAUGUUUCAGUGGCCAUUCAUCGACGCGUCUUGGUCUGUCGGGUUUGAUGCUGGACUAGAUGGACUGUGGCAUCACUCUGGGUUGUUUGAUCCCAACUCUGCUAUGAGGUAG